AUGCGAAUUCACCGGAGGCUGGUGGUUACCGUCGCCCGUCUUUCCAAGAGGACCGACACAUGGAUGCAGGGGCUAGAGCUUGACAUGCAGCGGAAGUUCGCGGGCCUCCCAGACCAGGCGCCCACCAGCGAGUCCGCAGCUAAGACUUUUCAGUCAAGGUUCGACGUGUUGAGCGAUGAAGCACGCGACGACGUUCGAUGCAAAGCUGGUCGAGAGUGCCUCUUCAACCACAAGCGGAAAGCGAACGAGUCCCUGUCUCAGCGUUCCGUGAGAAUGCCGCAGCAGUUCGAUCAGUUGGGCGUCCAGGGCUUACAGCUGGACGACGAGUGGAAAAAAAACCCUUCCUCGAGGAAGGAGUGA